AUGAAUAUUGGAAAAUUGGGAACUGGAUUCACUUCUACUAUUGAGGAAUCGGAAAUCUCUGACCUCGUUGCUGAGUGUCUCCAGUCAUUCCAACGUCAACCAAUGAUGAUUGAUUGCUCUCCACCAAUCACCAUCGUCGGAGAUAUUCAUGGACAAUUCGGAGAUGUAAUGCGUAUUUUCAACAAUGUUGGAUUCCCUCCGGACGUCAAUUAUCUUUUCCUUGGAGACUACAUUGAUCGUGGGCAAUUCAGUAUUGAAACCAUUCUUCUUCUGAUGUGUAUCAAAAUGAAAUACGCCGAGAAUUUCAUUCUGCUUCGUGGAAAUCACGAAACCAGACUGAUUAAUCGUAUCUAUGGAUUUUAUGAUGACUUGAACAAGAGAUUCGGAACGCCGAGACUCUACGAGGACUUCACUAAAAUGUUUGAAAUGAUGCCAUUGACUGGAUUGGUUGGAAAAAGAAUCCUUUGUAUGCACGGAGGUCUUUCAGCUGAUUUAGUGAAUGCACCCAAAUUGGAUAUUCUCAAUACAUUCGCUCGUCCGUUGCAUGAUCCACCAAACCCAUCCCUCGCAAUUGAUAUUCUGUGGGCAGAUCCAGAUAUUAAUACGAAAGGAUUCAAAGCUAAUAUCAGAGGCUGCAGUUGCACAUUUGGCCCUGAUGUUGUUGCUCAAACAUGCGAUAAAUUCGGUCUUGACCUGAUUGUUCGUGCUCAUCAAGUCGUUCAAGAUGGAUAUGAAUUCUUUGCCAACAGAAGACUUGUCACUCUCUUCUCGGCUCCUCACUAUUGUGGACAAUUUGAUAAUGCAGCUGCCGUGAUGCAAGUCAAUCCGAAUAUGGUUUGCUCGUUCAAGAUUCUCCGUCCUGAAUUCCCGGGAAGAGCUGCUCCAUCUCAUCAGAAGUCGGCCACAACUAUCCUUCUCCCACCAACAAUCACCUAG